CAAGCACUAUUUGAAAUGACCGAGAGUGAUCCAUCCAUACAGGUCAACCCGGACGAUGCAUGCGAUAACUUUCCAUAUGUGAUGUUUGAAGACAUGUUUGGGGCACGGGUGGAAACUAUAGCCCUUCAAUCCCUGGAGAUUGGAAGCAAUGUAGCCGGGUCAGUAGUCGAUGCAUGGGCGCACGUCCUCAACGGUGACCCAAAAUUUUCAAUCCCCGGGAUGCCUAGACGCUUGUUUUGCGUCCACACAGCCGUGGUUGACUGGAUGUUAAGCUUGGAGACAGACCCUGAUGGGGGUCGCGUGUCUGCGUUUGAAUGUGGGCUCAAGAGUAGCCUGGCCGGGCGACAUCACCUGCUGGACCUGCGAGCGUUCGACAUGGUCUUUGUGACAAUGCUAGAGGGAGACCACUACUACCUUGUAGUUUUUGAUUUGGAGGCCGAGUGCAUGCACCUCGUUGACCACUUGGGCGACAGGGGGUCUGGGGCAUUGUUAAGGGAUGACGACAGCUAUAUCAUGAAGUCAACACCGUUUAAAGUGAAAGAUAUUUUCGUCGAUUACUUGAAGUUGGUGAAUCAUCCUAAAGCGACAGCAAUGCAAGCGAGUCUCAUUAUGCGCGAGGACCUUCCAUGGUCUACAACCCGCAGAAUUGUAGCGCCGUUUGUUGAGUCCGGCAUAUUCGCAAUGCGCCAUAUGGAACAGUUUGUGGGUUCCAGGCGAAGUUUCUUCUGUGGGUUUAGUGUCCACGGGGCGCGGAAAAAAGUCCAGUGCAAUUACUUACGCAAAAGGUAUGCUGCGGAGAUAAUGUUGUCCCCCGUGAACAAAUAUGGCGACGUCAUUCGACGUCGGUUGCAGUUUGUGUAGUCAUUGUUCUGACAUGUUAGCCAGUCACUUUUUUUUUGAAUGGGGGUAUUAUGGGUUGGGCGUCUUUUGGGGUGGUUUUUAGCAAGCUUAGACAAUGACUUUUUUGUUUUGGGACGAUUGACAGAUGUGUUUCUGUGGGUCACUAGGACAACCGCAUGUUGGUUGACUAAAAACACCCAGUA